GGAUUCUUCAUGUUUGCUCCAGCUUCAGAGGAGCCAGCCUGCCUUGAACACUUGCAAGUUACCGUGACAGUGAGGUGUGAAACAUGACGCAUCGCAGCGUAUGGAUUGCCAAAACCAUGAGAUGCACGCAGCGCGGACGAGGCGGCCCUCCUGUCCUCUCCGGUGCGCACUUGGAGCAGAAGAUUGCGCACAGGGCAGCUGGUGGGACCAAAUGGAGGGUUUGGAGGAAGGCUAGACAGGAGAAGACCUAUGUAAUGUCAGCAAGGGCCAAGGUGCUUCUCUCGGUGCUCCUCUCUCUGCUGCCUCUAGUGGAAGGAGCUCAUAUGAAAGCUGGCGCUGCUGGUGGGGGAUCAGACUCAGGCCAUGCUGUGGGCAUGCUGGGAGGCCAGGAGGAGCGAGAGCUUCCUGUGACGUUUCCAGAGGUGGUAGAGGACGAGGAGCAGGAAGACGACAGCGACCCUUACUCUACUUGGCAUGCUCUACAUGACCCCUUUGUAAUGGAUGAGGUGGAUGACCAUCCCAGUAGUCGCUGGGCGGGGCGCUCUCCACGCUCCUCUGACCCCACAGAACCUCAACCCAAGGGAUCACAGAAGAAAAAGAAGAAGAGGAAGAGGAAAGAAAAGGAGGAAGAGGAACAGACAGGAAAAAGAGAUAAAAAGGGUAAAGGUAAAAACAGGCGGCCACAGCAGAGCAGCAGGGACUGCCGUGUGGAGAAGAGAGAAAUGAGGGUUCGGGACCUGGGCCUGGGGUUUGACUCAGAUGAGAUUGUGCUCUUUAAGUUUUGUGUGGGCUCCUGUCAGUCUUCAAGAACAAAUUAUGACCUGGCACUGAAGGAGCUGCUGGAAAAUGGGUCGCUGCCUCGGCGCAAGGUCAGCAGCCACCCCUGCUGCCGGCCCAACCGGUACGAGUCGGUUUCCUUCAUGGACGCCCAGACCACGUGGAGGACCAUCCAGUCAUUGUCUGCUGCCAGCUGCAUGUGUAUGGGCUGAAGUGAUGAGAGCAGGUGUCGCCCAUCCUGAAGAGUGAAGAGUCGAGAGGCUCGGGGCGGAGGUUGUAUGAGGAAGGCCUGGAUGUAGGAAACAGCCAGAGGGGGCGCUGUCACAUAAUCAGAGCAGAGGAAGUGAUGAAGGCCACUUUUUGGCUUCCUGUGGUGCAUUUCCAGUUAAGGAGGAAGAGGUCUGGGUGAGGCUGGACGAUCAAGGGCGAAGGUCAAAAUCAGAGACUGAGGCGGAGGUCAUCAGGGAAUCACAGUCUGGAUUUACUGUUGCCACAUCAAAGCAUAAGUUGUUUUCAGUUGAAUAACUGGUAACUAAUGCAGGAUAGAGCAGACCAGUCACUCUUUAUGUGAAUAUAACUGUUUUGAUUUUUUAUGGACGAGACCUGAAGGCUGAAGCUCAAGGGAUACAAGGAAAAGACACAGUUAAAGGACUGACACUGUGUCUACAUCCUGAUUAAAAACUAAAAAAAGACUGAUAUGAUGUUCACUAUAACUCACAAUGAAGCCAGCUCUCAACAGAAGUUCCUGAUCAUUUUUUUCACACACAAACAGGGACAUUACAUUGUAUCUUUUCUAUGUUCAGGUGAACUCAGCCAAAUGGAUGCCAUGCAUCUUCAUGUAUUACUGUAUAAAAGUAAAAUAUAUUUAUUUCUGAUAAAUUAUUUAUUUAUUAUAGCUUCAUAUGAGAGCUGUUUUUAUGAACUCUUUAUUGUAGAUAAAUAUCUAUUUAUUGCCAAGAUUCAGAUUUCAUGUUGACAGUUACUUCUGCUGGCAUACAAUACGGACAUUUUUGUUUUUAAGAGUUCUGAUUUUCACUUUAAUUAAAAGUCUCAUGAACCUGGGCUGAACAGCUGAUUCUGGAUUCCUUAGAUCGGAUGCAGUUUACAUUUCUGAGAUUCGCUGAGUGAUUUUAUAAAACAACAACGUCAUCCAAAAGCACUGAUUUUUUUCUUACAUUUCAUCCCAGGGAGACUUUUUAAAAAUCCUAAUAGCAGACAUCAGAAACAAAUUGACCUACAUUGAAACAAUGUGGUAUAUUUGAUAAAUAUUUUUCCUCAAGAGCAUCUUACAUACUUGAGGGCUGAUCUCUCAUUUUGUGGUUAAUUCUGGGUAAUGAUGUCAGCUUUUCCACACCAUAAUUGAAACAGAAAAUCUUUUUUUUUUAAUCUAGAAUGUAUGUACAGCAAACAAGUGAAACAUUCAUACUACAGGACCUCAACGUUUCUCAUUUUAU